AUGAAGAGUUUACCUCAGAUUUCUUCAAAUAGCGAUCCCCAGCUGAAGAAGGUCACAAUUGUAGCAGUGUUGACAUGCUCGGCUCUGAUUCUCGGAUGGCUUCCAGGCCGGAUCACAUUCAUGCUAUCAAAGUUUGGUUACGUCAAUACAAAAGGUAUCCUACACAAUUCAUUUAUCAUGAUGACCUUUUGUAAUAGUUGUGCCAAUCCAGUGCUGUACGGGAUGUGUAACUCCAGGUUCCGUGCAGAGUACAAGAUUGUGUUUAAUAAAGUAUUGACACUAUGCGGUACUUCUGUAACACCAUCUUCUUCCGCUGCUGUGCCUGAUUCCACUGGAAUACUUCAUCUGCCUCGAAGUUCAGUCAAGUCCGAUGUGCAACGAGGAACUCACGAACAGAGUACGUUGUAA